AUGGAAAACGGCCGGGUGGAGGUGCUCGAGUUCGAAGACUGUGACCUGACCGGAGCGGUGCCGGCGGAGGUUGGCCGCCUGACUGCGCUGAGGGAUUUGAACCUCCAACACAAUGAGCUGACGAGCGUGCCGGCCGAGAUCGGGCAGCUCACGUCGCUGACGAGUUUGUGGCUCAACAACAAUCAGCUGACGAGCGUGCCGGCGGAGAUUGGGCAGCUCACGUCGCUGGAGGGGUUGUACCUCUGGGACAAUAAGCUGACGAGCGUACCGACGGAGAUCGGGCAGCUAACAUCACUGACGGACUUGAGCCUCGGCGGCAAUCAGCUGACAAGUGUGCCAGCUGAGAUCGGGCAGCUCACGUCGCUGAGAGAGUUGGAGCUUUACGACAAUCAGCUGACGAGCCUGCCGGCGGAGAUCGGGCAGCUUACGUCGCUGACGGCGUUGUUCCUCGACGACAAUCGGCUGACGCGCGUUCCGGCGGAGAUCGGGCAGCUCGCGUCGCUGGUGGGGUUGGACCUCCAACACAACAAGCUGACGAGCGUGCCGGCGGAGAUCGCGCAGCUCAGAGCGGCGGGCUGCUCUGUACUAUUGGAUGACGGCGUGACGGUGGAUGAGUAG